AUGUCUUCAUCUCAAGCCCCCGGAUCUGCUUCAUACUUUGAGCAGCAGCGCGCGGAGCUGCUCAGGGAGAUUUCACUGGUUGGCAAUGAGUUCUCUUCCGUGGAGGCCUUGUGGUCACAGUUUGAGACCGUGAUGGCAAAGGACGAAGGGAGUGGGGACGGCGAGAUCGACCACGAUGGCGCACAGCCCAAGGGCCAGAGAGAGGAUAGAGUCGAGGUGAAGGGAGAAGAGGAUGAGGAGGAGGUAACGGCUCUUCAUGAUGACUGCGAUGACCAUAGUUAG